AUUGUAUUCACUCUCGCUAAACUUAACAAUGAUUGAUCAGUGUAAUAAAGAGAUCGCAGAGUGUGAUUAAUGUAAUCGCUGUGUUUCGGUCAGUAAUGCCCGGAUCAGCGUUGUUAUCGCUGCAGCAGGAGCUCCGGCGGGGAUUCGAGGCUCUAAAGGCCGCCAAAGAUGCGUUUGAUGGCGGUCAUGCGGAGUGUCAGGAGCUCGUCUCCUCUCUGGGGAACCUGGCGCUCCAGCUGAAGGCUCUCAAACAGGUCCAGAUAUCCAAAACUCCUCUCUCCGGAUUCCCAUGUUUACAGCAGCGACUCCAUUACAAGCUCUCGCUGGCGGUGGACGCACUUCUGGCUAAACUAGCCGAGAAAAUGGCUGCUCUUCAGAAGGUGCGGGAUGCCUUCGCUCAGCAGGUGUUUACUGUCGUGCAGCUCUAUGAGAAAAACACAGACGCUCUGGACAUCAGCGUGUGCGUCUCCAGAUCAGCCGUCUGUCCUUCUGUCUCAGACAUGCUGGAGUGGCUUCAGGACGCCGACCGAUAUUACCGCCUGCAAUUAAUGCAAAGCCGGCUCCUCCUUCAGACGCUGACCCCCACUGACCUUACAUCAAUGGAAACAGCACCAAAUAGAUGGAGAUCUCUGCGUUCUGCCCGUCAGGAGGAGAGAAUUGCAGAUGCAUUGUGUCAAGUGUCGAUCUUCUUGGAGACUGAAUGAAUGAAGGAUCCUUAAAAAGAGACAGACUGAACUCUGUCUCCUGGAUUAAUGUAGUUUUAUGGUGCGAUUUAGCAUUAUAAGGACUGUGCAUCAGCAUCAUUGUAAGAGCAAUGCUCUACUGUAAUAAAUGCAAUUCAUGCUUUUUAUAUU